UGGAAAUAAUAAAAUAAAUUGAAGCCUUGUGGAUUGGUGAUUUGAUUGGCCUGUCUUACGUACGAAUGCAUAAGGAUAAGAGGAAUUGCAAUUGACAUAGAUAAAGAAGAAUUGGAUUUGAGCAAUGAGCAUUAUGAUUUGUAGUUCCAUUAGUAGGGUUCCUUGUUCUCCUUUGUUAAUGAAAACGCCGAAAAGAAUUCCAUUGUUGAAAUGCCGCAGUGGCAGUAACUCAGAUGAUUUGAAGGACGCGAUUUCUGGGAUUGUGGGCGAGCAAGUCGAAGAGCUGUUGAGCAGAGAGGAGAACAAGGUUUUGUUGGAUAGGUUAGACAAAGCGUCUCAGAGAGUUGAGAUAGCUAAGAGAGAACUUGCUUUCAUUCAAAAACAAGAACUUGCUUUAAAACAGUAUAAGGAUUAUACUCACCAGCUUGAACAAAAAGCUUUUCAGAUUGCAGAAUCUCAAAGAGAAAUUUCAGAGGCAAAAGCCUUGAUUGAAGAAGCAGAACGCUCCCUGUCAGUAAAUGUGGGAGGUGCUGAAGAAAUUAAUCGGGAUGAAGAGAGAUGGGAGUCAGUAAAAGCAGCAUCUGUCUCUGCUCUUGUUGGCACCUUGUCAGGGCUCCCCAUAUGCUUCACUCAGGUCACCAACAUAACUCAACUGCUUCUUUCUUUGACAAUCAAUUUCAUAUGUUGUGCAUUGUUUGGAGUGACUUUUAGAUACACUAUAAGGAGAGACUUGGAUGAUUUUCAGCUUAAGACUGGGGUUGCUGCAGCUUUCGGUGUUGUUAAAGGUCUUGCAAUGCUAAGUGGUGGACGGCUUCUUGAACUGAACUUUGAAAGCUUAUUAUCAUAUGCACGGGAUGGAACUAUUUAUGUGUCAGAGAAUCUUCUCAUUUUUGUUUCUGCUGCUGUUAGUCUAGAUUAUUGUUUGAAGACAAGACUUUUGAGCCCUUUUCCAAUUGAUAGAACUGAUUAGUGGAAAUUUAAGUUGAUUUUCCAGUUAUCAUAGCCUAAAUGAACAUUGAUUAAAUUUGUUGCUGUUGUUUCAAAUUUUCAAGUUAAUAAUGCCUUCAUCUAUGAUCUGCUAUCAUACUAAGACUGGAAAAGUCAUCUCAAAUUAAUGCACUGCCCUCUUUUGAAAAUUAAACACAUAAGCUAACAUACCCUUAAAACAUAAAUUCACUUCAACUUGCAAUGAGAUCACAACAGAGUCUCUGCAUUUGCUCCUGAAACAAACUUCCACCCUCGUCAAUCAGUAUCCAACUCCUCUAUCACACACUGUUUUCUUCAUUUUCUCACUCCACCACUUCUCAUUUUUAAACUUCUCACAGCUUAUCAGUUAUCAACUUUACAAAAAACUACACGGGAUAAUGCACCAUCAGUUUUGAACUUCUCACGCCUCCGUUUUUCAGUUUUGAACUUCUCACGCCACCAUUUUCUGUGUUAGUAGUUGAAAUCACCUUUUUUUUUAAUACCACUAUUUUUCUUCCAUCCUUUCUACUUAUUUUUCAACAAAUUUAUGAUUAUACAUAACUUCAACGGGAAUUUGGACGGGAUCUGGAAAUCAACGAUCCGGAAAUCGACGAAUUCUGGACGUGAAACAAGAUUAAGGUAUUUAUCAUCUCCUUCGUUUCAAUCAUUUUUUUCUCUUUCUUUUUUUGUUAUUUGUGGUUUGAACAAUAGUUAUUUCUGGACGGAUUUGAAAACAAGUUUCAACCUUUAUGAAAUUGCAACUAAUUUCUCUUCUUCGUUUUUAGUAAAAGUUUCCUUCUUAUGAAAUCCCUAUUCUAAUUCAUUGUUACUAAUUUAUGUUGAAUUAUUGCAUAAUUUUUAGUAUGUCUUACAUCAAGUUUUUAUGCAAUUGCAAGUACCCCUGUUAGCAACAGUAAAUUAUAAAAUUGUCUCCAAAAUAAGUAAGAUAUCUAAAGGUCAAAAGUUUGGUCUUCCAGUAAGUAUUUCAUAGUUACAUAGUUUGGUCAAAAGCUUGAUUAUUAAUUUUUUUUUUUUAUUGACCUCCUCUGGCUUUGGAUUGUAUUUUAUUAGCAAACAUGGGUGGCUUAUUCUUAAUCAUGGUUGCUCUGCAUAUUCAUUAACAAUGGUGCCUUUUUGUGAUUAUCUUGUUUGUAAUUAUGCCAAAGCUAGAUGGAUUGAGGACAAAAUAAGACCCUUUUAUAAAUUUGCUAUUACUCCAUACUUUGCUCACGGGUUUCUAAAUAAGUUAAAAUACAUGUGUGCAACUAUUGUCAAUCAUAUUUAUUGUUCUGAAUUAUUCAUGAAGGUGUAAAGCUUCUGAAAAAGAAGCUACAAGUGUAACUGAGGUGUGGUGGGCAGUGCUGCUUUGCAGCUACUCUUUUUCCACUAAUGUCAUUCUAUUUCUUUUUUCUCAUAGACUAAAUGGAUAUGUCUUUUUGUUGAGGAAAAUUAAUUGAAUUGUUUAUAGAGAACGAUAAAUUUCAAGAAACGAAUACAUUUGAGAAUUCAUGACUUUGUAA